UGCUGGUAUUGGCCGCCUGCUGAGAUGUAAAUCGCGCGCAGUGAUUGGACACAGGUGCAGCUAACGGAGUCCCGCAAGCUGCUCAGGUGUCUGCUCAGGAUCCCGGGGGAUGAUGGACGAUCGGUGGCACGGGCCCUUCACAAAAGGAGCAGACAAUGUUUUAGCGGACCGGUUUAGAAUUAGACGAUUGCUAGUCUAUUAGAAUUAGAAUUGUUAACAGGCUACACUGGAGAACAUGUUGAUGGAAAGUUGACUAACAUCUUCAGAAGGAACGGGGGAGGCGAGCGCAGCAUUGAAUUUAUCUAAUAGUGUACCAUGGCUUUCAUUAAAAAACCCAAACUGACCGACUUCAAGAGCUCGCCUCCUCACCUGCAGUUUAAUGACUUUGUUCUGACCGGUUACCGUCCCAUCUCCACUGUGAAAGAAUGCCUCCACAGUCUGUUCUACCUGCACAAUGAGCUUGGGAACAUAUACACGCAUGCCAUCCCUUUCUUCUGCUUCCUGCUGCUGCUGCCUCUGAACAUCCCGUGGACCCAGAGCGACGCCGGCUGGAUCUGUGUGCUGCACUACCUGGCCUGCCUCUCCCCCACCGUGGGCUCCGUGCUCUACCACCUCUUCAUGAACCACGAGGGGGGCGAGGUCAUCUACGACACCCUGCUCUCGCUCGACAUGUUCGGAGUGUGCCUCGUCAACACCCUGGGAGCCCUGCCAAUCAUCCACAUCACACUGCUGUGCUACCCCGAUGCCCGUCGCGUCGCCCUUCUGGCGUACUCCUCGCUCUCGCUCUACGGCGUGUACUCGGCCGUCACGGCGCGCAGCAACAUGCGCCGCCUCCAGGCCUUCUUCUGGCAGGCCGUCUUCCGCCUCUUCCUCUACCUCCUGCGCUGGAACGGCCCCGGGACAGGAAGUCCCACCUCCAUGUACUUCUACGCCGUGAUGGAUUCGCUGGCGGUGCUGGGCGGGCUGGUGAACGUGACGCGGAUGCCGGAGCGGAUGAGCCCGGGCAGGUUUGACUACUGGCUCAACAGCCACCAGAUCAUGCACAUGCUGGUGGCCCUGUCCAUCGUCUACCUCCACUGGGGCAUGAUCGAGGACCUCGUGUGGCUACGCAACUUCCAGUGCCCCCCGGAGUGAACCGGGAACCACCGGAGUUAACCAGGAACCACCGGAGUGAACCAGGAACCACCGGAGUGAACCAGGAACCGCCUCAGGAAACCAGCCAGCACAGAAAUAGAAUCCGUAGAUUCCUACUCUACAUACAUUCAUUCUUAUUUACAAUACUGACAAUGAAUACAAGGUGCCCGGAAUGAGGUCUGGUGUCGAAGAAAAAGUCCUCAAAAGACAAGGACUUAAGGAUGUGCUUGAAUAAGUUAGUUUAUUGUUUAAUUUGUCAACAACGGGUAUUAUUUUGUUAAUAACAGGUGUAAAAUAAUUAUUUUGUUAAUAACGGGUGUAAUAUAAUUAUUUUGUUAAUAAUGGGUGUAAUAUGCAUUCACAUGCUCAUAACAGGGUUGAAUGAUAUCGACAGCAAAGUGGAAGACAAACACCUGGUGCUUUUUGCUGUUCUAUGUAUUCUAUCUCUAUGGUCAAGCCAUCGUUGCGGUUCU